UCGGCGUAGCCAUGGCGUCUCGUGUCCUUUCCGCCUGUGUCCGCCGACUGCCCGCGGCCUUCGCGCCGCUGCCACGGCUUCCCACGUUGGCCGCGGCCCGGCCGCUCAGCAUCACCCUGUACCCCGUGGGGGCCCGGACGAGGCCGGGGGCUCCGCAGCCAGCCUCGGUGCUCGCGCAGGUUCCAGGGACACAGUUGUGCCGCCAGUACAGUGACGCACCCCCUCUGACGUUAGAGGGGAUCAGGGACCGUGUUCUUUAUGUCUUGAAACUUUAUGACAAGAUUGACCCAGAGAAGCUCUCGGUAAAUUCCCACUUUAUGAAAGACCUGGGCUUAGACAGUUUGGACCAAGUGGAAAUUAUCAUGGCCAUGGAGGACGAAUUUGGGUUUGAAAUUCCUGAUACAGAUGCGGAGAAGUUAAUGUGUCCACAAGAAAUUGUAGAUUACAUUGCAGAUAAGAAGGAUGUAUAUGAAUAAAUCAGGUAAAUAAUUUAACUUACAGAAUGAUGUCCUCCCAUAGAAUUAACCUCUCUGUAGUUCUUCAAUAAAGUAAGACUCAGGAAGAAAUGGAAACAUUGGGAAAUGCUUGACAGAUUUUCACUGGUUAUAAGACAUAGGUCCUCUGGUUAUCUGCCACUCAGAGGGGCUGGCCUUAGUGAUCAUCUUUAUCCUUGAGACGGGCCGUGAACAAUUCAUUCUUGGACAGGACUUCCUUGAUUGUCCUCCUCAUAAAAGCAGUCUUGUACAAAACACUGAGCAGGGUAACCCAGAAGCGGAGACCUCUGCCGCCCUCGGUUUCACACCUGAAGUCAGCCCAGCCUGCUAUCCUGGAAGCUGAGAUGGCCUCUUAAUCAGGCAGGAGAGGCCUCCUGGUUAAGAGGCUGGACUCUGGAGUCAGACAGCAGACUUUAUACUCCACUCUGUCCGGAUCUGUAAGUCUGGUGAUCUUGGGCAGGCCGCCUAGCCUCUGUGCCUGUUUCCUCAGAUGUAAAAUGGGGAUAAUGACAGGGCCUCCCUGAGGCUUUCCUGAAGGUAAAAUUCAGUGUAUGCAAAUUACUUAACAGCACAUGGUAAAGAAUCCUGUAUGUAGACAUUAGCUGCUGUUUUUCAGGCUCUAGUAUGAUCAAGUGGUUGAUUUUUUUUUUUUUUAAUAAACAUUGUAUUAAAUGUCUGUAACUUUGAUUACCCUGGAUUGAGCACCUCAAGUCAUUGAAAGUCAGUGCACCAAAAAGAAACACUGAACUAACUUUG